CACCAUAUAUAUAAAAUGACAAUGACAUCAUGCUAUUAAGUUUUGAAUUAUUUCCAUUGUUAGUGCACGACAGCCAGCCCUGAUAGUAAAGCAAAAAUCAUGGCUCUCGACGACGCCCACCACUCUUCUGCUGGUCUUCUUGACGCUGUCAAGGCCGUCGAGGAGAAGAUCGAGUCGGCCCUGCUCUGGGCAUGGGACGACCUUCCCGACUGGCGACGCGACAAUGGCUUCAUCUACACGGGAUACCGACCCACGAGCAACAGUUACCGGCGCUCCCUGCAGUCGCUCUUUGCCCUGCACAACGAGUCCGUCAACAUCUGGACCCAUCUACUCGGGUCAAUUCUCUUCACCAUCCUAGGCGUGACCGCGCUGUACCUCUUUGAGACCAUCAUCAUCCCGCGGUACUCGACUGCCUCCGCGACGGAUGUGCUGGCUUUUGGCUGCUUCUUCGCGGGGGCCUUUUCUUGCCUGGGUAUGAGCGCGACAUAUCAUGCGCUCUGUAACCAUAGCCCGGAGGUGGCCAAGUGGGGGAACAAGUUGGAUUAUAGCGGGAUCGUGUUCUUGAUUAUGGGCAGCUAUGUGCCUGCGCUGUACUAUGGGUUCUACUGCCAUCCGAGGCUGCUGGAGGUCUAUCUUUCUGGGAUCUCUACCCUCGGCUUGGGCUGUCUGGCAGUCUCCUGGGUCGAAACAUUCCGGACGCCCGCCUGGAGACCAUACCGUGCCCUCAUGUUCGUCGGGCUGGGUAUCUCCAGUUUCGUUCCCGUCAUCCACGGCCUGAAAAUGUACGGAUGGAGCGAGCUUGAUGAAAGGAUGGGGCUCAGCUGGGUUGUGCUGCAGGGCGCGCUGUACAUCUCUGGCGCGUUCCUCUACGCUAUACGCUGGCCCGAGAGAAUGUUUCCCAAGACCUUCGACAUCUGGGGCAGUUCGCACCAGAUCUUUCACGUUUUGAUUCUGUUCGCUGCUGCGUCGCAUCUCUAUGGCAUGACACAGGCGUUCGAUUUCCAUCACGGUGCCCUUGGUGCACGUUGUUAGAUUGUGGACUCUACACUGCAGGACGCAUAGAGGGUGGAAGAAGCACCGUAGACGUAUAUUCUAGAGGUAGAUAUGUGUGUAUUAAUAGAAUUUGAUGAUUCG